AUGGCUGUGGUCAUCCGCUUGCAAGGUCUCCCGAUUGUGGCGGGGACCAUGGACAUUCGCCACUUCUUCUCUGGAUUGACCAUUCCCGAUGGGGGCGUGCAUAUUGUAGGGGGUGAACUGGGUGAGGCUUUCAUCGUUUUUGCCACUGAUGAAGAUGCAAGGCUGGGUAUGAUGCGCACAGGUGGUACCAUUAAAGGGUCGAAAGUAACCCUAUUGCUGAGCAGUAAAACUGAAAUGCAGAACAUGAUAGAACUCAGUCGUAGGCGUUUUGAAACUGCCAAUCUAGAUAUGCCACCAGCAAAUGCAAGCAGGUCAGGCCCACCACCUAGCUCUGGAAUGAGCGGAAGGGUUAACUUGCCUACUACUGUACCUAACUUUAAUAAUCCUUCUCCUAGUGUGGUAACUGCUGCUACUACUGCGCAUGAAAGCAAUAAAAACAUAUCUACCUUUUCUACUGCUAGUAUGGGGAGUGCCCCUCCAAAUCUUGGCAGUACCUUUGGUAGCCCAACGUUUAGCUCGACUGUACCUAGCACAGCGUCCCCAAUGAACACAGUACCUCCUCCGCCCAUCCCUCCUAUCCCAACUAUGCCGUCUUUGCCACCAAUGCCUUCUAUUCCCCCAAUACCUGUUCCGCCCCCUGUACCCACACUGCCUCCUGUUCCUCCGGUUCCUCCCAUUCCCCCUGUGCCCCCUGUGCCUCCAAUGACUCCUAUGCCUCCCAUGUCAGGAAUGCCUCCUUUGAAUCCUCCACCCGUAGCGCCUUUACCCUCGGGAAUGAAUGGGUCUGGAGCAGCAGUGAAUAUGAACAGCGGCUUGAAUCCAUUGUUUAUUGGUCCCAUGAAUCCUGUAAAUCCUAUCCAGAUGAAUUCUCAAAGUAAUGUCAAGCCAAUUCCAAUCAAUCCAGAUGAUUUGUAUGUCAGCGUUCAUGGAAUGCCCUUUUCUGCGACAGAAUCUGAUGUGAAAGACUUUUUCCUUGGGCUCCGUGUGGAUGCGGUCCAUAUGCUGAAGGAUCAUGUAGGGCGAAAUAAUGGAAAUGGACUAGUUAAGUUUUUUUCUCCUCAAGAUACAUUUGAAGCCCUGAAGCGAAACAGAAUGCUGAUGAUUCAGCGCUAUGUUGAAGUUAGUCCUGCCACAGAGAGGCAGUGGGUGGCCGCUGGAGGCCACAUAACUUUCAAGCAAACCAUGGGUCCCUCCGGGCAGUCGCACCCUCCUCCGCCCCAGGCUCAUUCCAGGUCCAAAUCUCCUAGUGGGCAGAAACAGUCACGGUCGAGGUCUCCCCAUGAGCAGGGUUUCUGCGUUUAUCUGAAAGGUCUUCCCUUUGAGUCGGAGAACAAACAUGUGAUAGAUUUUUUUAAGAAGCUGGAUAUAGUUGAGGACAGCAUUUAUAUAGCAUAUGGGCCUAAUGGGAAGGCAAUUGGAGAGGGUUUUGUUGAGUUUAGGAAUGAAGCUGAUUACAAAGCAGCUUUAUGUCAUCAUAAGCAGUACAUAGGGAAUCGCUUUAUUCAGGUUCACCCAAUUACUAAAAAGGCAAUGUUAGAAAAGAUAGAUAUGAUCCGUAAAAGAUUGCAGAGCUUCCAGUAUGACCAGAGAGAAAUCCUCAUGAAUGCUGAGGGAGAACCAGGCUUGCCAAAAUUGUGUGCACAUAUAUCUAAUAUUCCAUACAAUAUAACAAAAAUGGAGAUCCUUCAGUUUCUAGAGGGACUGGCGGUAGAAGAAAGCUCUGUACAAAUUCUUGUUGAUACUAACGGGCAGGGUUUAGGACAAGCACUGGUUCAGUUUAAAUCUGAAGAUGAUGCUCGUAAGGCAGAGCGUUUGCACCGUAAAAAGCUGAAUGGAAGAGAUGUUGUUUUGCGUUUGAUAACUGUAGAAGAAAUGAGAGAUAUUGAGAGGAACCCACCAUCUCAAGGGAAAAAGAUACUGAAAAUACCGAUACAGGGGAAUGCGCCUGUGCCAGGAGCCCAGGGUGCUGGUGGGGAUGAGCACGCCUUCUUGGCAGGAAAUGCUAAAGAGGCAAACAACGGUCCUCCAUUUAAUUUCCCUGGUAACUUCAGUGGAUCUGGCGCAUUUGGUCCCCCUCUACCACCCCCUGGAAUAGGUGGCUUUCCUGAUUCCAGACCAGGAAUACCUGCAGUUGCAAGUAGUGGUUUACCUGGUGCAGCUAUUGAGGUCCCAGCUUUUGCAGGUGGUCCUGGUAAUUUGAGCGGACCGGCAGGUUUUGCAGGGGGGCCUCAGACUUUUGGUAAUGGUCCUGGCAAUUUAAGUGGUCCCCCUGCCUUUGGUGCUGGUCCUCCAGGAAUUGCUAGUGGUCUUGGGCAUCUAAGUGGACCUCCUGGGUUUGGACCUGGACCGGGAAAUAUACAUAUCAGUGGGCCUCCAGGCUUUGGAACAGGGUCUGGAAAGCCAGGACCAACUGUCAUUAAAGUGCAAAAUAUGCCCUUUACUGUUUCGGUAGAUGAAAUUCUGGAUUUCUUUUAUGGCUACCAAGUGAUCCCUGGUUCGGUGUGCUUAAAAUACAAUGAAAAGGGGAUGCCCACUGGAGAAGCAAUGGUUGCUUUCGAGUCUCGUGAUGAAGCGAUGGCAGCUGUGGUUGAUUUAAAUGACAGGCCUAUAGGCUCCAGAAAAGUCAAGCUCGUUCUAGGGUAGCUGUUCAUAUGAAGUAGUUGUAGAAUAGAUACUCAUAGUGCUGUGAUAACUGCAUCUGGAUUGGUUUUAUAGUAUUUCCAGGAUAGACCCUGUGGAUUGUUGACAUUGUAAACCGGGCUGGUUUUGAUGAGAGAGAGCACUGGGUAAGCCAUUCCAUCAGAAGCACUGCAAGAGCAGAUGCGCAGUGGGUUUUCCUGUACAAAUCUGUGGAGAAGCUAGACGGAUCCUUAUUCUUCGUAAAGCUUAGUAAACUGUAUUCGACACAGUGCUUAUCAAGGAUUCCAGGCUGGUUUGAUGUAGUUUCGGAUAAGGGACAUAGAUGAAGUCAGUGAAGUUCUUUGGUGGGUGCUCUCGCAAGCCAUUGUACAAUAGGUAGCUCUUUCUAGAUUUGGUUAAAAGCUGGCUGAAUUUGCUUUGUUUACAGGUCAAAGCUUUGUUUAAAGUCCUGAUUUUACUCUGCAACUGAACGGAUUCUCGGUGUACACAGAUUAAUUGUUUUGUGUAUGUAUCUUUCUUUUCUCCAAGAUUCUCGCUGUAUGAACAGUUGAAUUAUGCCCAUUGCUGAUGUGUCUGCCGAACCAAUUCCUUUGAGUAUGAGCAGAAUCGUUCUGUAAAAUUCAAGCUGUUCUUUGUGGAAUAACCUUUAGUUAUUUAUAUAUUGCAAUUAUAACUGUGCAGAAUAAGACUUUUGCCACGAGUAUAGCUAACCUCAAACAUUAUCAUAUGAGUUUUACAGUACGUAUAAAACAUUUGCGGUAGAAGUAACAAUUUGAAAAUGCUCAUUAUUGUUUAAGUAGCUUGAUUUGUUAGGAUUAUGUGAAUUGGUUGGGAUAGGACCUUUGACACUGGUUGGACAUCGAUGUUGUGUUUCUCAUGUGUCUCAACUCCUUACUUAGAGUCUCUGCUACGAGAGCCAAAGUGGGGAUUAUCAGUAGAAGAUUGGAGUCCAGCUAAAGUUUUAAAUUAGUUUAUAUAUGGAAGAAACGUUUAUCUUCAGCAACUCUGUCAUGAAUUACUGCUAUGGGUGAAUUCAGAGAGAACUUUUUAUUUUUCUCCAAAACUUGAAAAUACUGAGUUUACCAUAUAUUUUUGCAAUAAAGUUAUGCUGUUGUAUUCAAAGUCUGAAGAGUUGCAAUUUUCUUUGCUGUGCAGGAAAAUCUUCCAUGAAAAAAACAGAGAAUGGAAGGGAAGUAAUUAUGCAAGUGUAGAUUUUUUCGUUGUUGUUGUUUAUCCUUGUUUGGGUUAUGAUAAAUGAUAAAACUUGGACAUUCCCUGAAAAAUCCUUCUAUUCCCUGCAAAUCAUUGUACUUAAACACAGUAAACUUGAAACCGUUGUGUUUUUUGGACAAAGAAAACCAGUGCCUUUUGGUGUUGCAUAUCAUGGAACACUGAAGUGUAUGGUCAGGCAAAACUGAGAGGUGCAAGUGGCAACAGUUUUAUUCCUGUGGUGUGUAGGCGAGAUUUGAAGCCUGUGCGGCGCUGCGUCCUGAGCGGAUUCCACAGCGCAGGAAUGCGUGGAAGGAUUGUACAAAGGUGUACUUCAAUAAAGAGGCGGUCGCAUUACACAGAUGCUUCUGUAAUUCUCGAGCAUAAUUUUGUUUUGACAGUUACUAGGUGGUCCCAACUUUGGAAAAGUCAUGUGAUUUGUAUAUACUGUUCAAACUAAGCCUCCUGUUAAUAAAACUGUCUGUCUCUGAAGCUUCAUGUUCUGCGUUUCAACAGUCUUUGGGAGUCACGUUUCAACAGCAGAGCUUUGUUUCUUUUUUUUUUUUCCUUUGGAAGUCCGGCAGUACCCCCCGCUGCUGUCAGACGUGUGAUUAGGAGUAAGCCUGUCCCUUUAUUUUUAAAGUUUUGCUCUUUGUUUUUUAAACAACUUUUAUUAAAGUUUCAUACGAUAUUGGAGUUUUUUGG